UGUCAAUGUUACUUUUGAAAGUUCAAAGUGGGUGUUCGUCACUGCUUUAUGUUCUGAGUGUAUUGAAAAUCCCUCUAGAAUUGUUUAAUGGGAUUUAUUACUGUUUAGUGAUGUACACGUAAAGUAUAGCAAUGGAGGGAUUGCCUUCAGGUGAUAUUCAAGCCAAAUAUCAAAAAUUAGCCGCUGAAUAUUCGAAGCUGAGGGUUCAUGUAAAGGUGUUGAAAAAAGGUGUAUUAGAUGAGCAAGCUAAAUCCAAUGAAUUACGGGAGUUACUUAAAGAAAAAGAAAAAUCAUUGCGUAAAGGAGAAUUAGAGAUAGAUUCUUUAACUUUUAGAAAUCAACAAUUGACGCGACGCGUAUCUGUUUUACAAGAUGAAAUUGAACAAACCCAGACGAAACUAACAAAAAAAUCAAAGAGUAAAGAUGAUAAAGCCCCUUCAAAUAGUAAUCCUGCACCUUUGGACGCAGGGCUACUGCAGGAGGAACUCCAAAAGAAAAUUAUUGAGAAUGCCCAAUAUGCAUCCCAGCUUUCUGACAAAACAUUUGAAGUGUCUCAGCUACAAGCAUCAAUCGAAGACUGCAAUCGUCACAUGAGCGAAUGUGAAAGUAGAUAUAAGUGUGAAAUUGCUAAAUUAAAAAAUAAGAAUCAAGAAUUACAGUUUGCGCUGGAAGAGGCACAGAAGGAACGGUUAGGAAGCACACCCAAGGUGCAGGCUGGUAGUCAUGCUAGUUGUAAUGGUGACUUUUUAUCGGAAGGUGGAAGUUUGAUUGGCAGUGAAGAUGCCCUUAGUUCAGUUGAUGAUUUACAUAUAAAUGAACAGCUAAGCAAUAAGUUACAUAACUCUGAGCAGGAGAAUCAGAAGCUCCGCAUGGAGUAUGGGAUGCUGCAACUAGAGAAUGAGAGCCUCAAACUGGAGAUCAGCAAGCACGUGUCCGCGUCGCAGAGGAGGAGGGGCGAUACGCAUGACUCUGGCGACUUUAACACAUUUAGCGAAACUUCUAUAGAUGGUGAGGGUAAAAUAACUGGACUGUUAGGUAGUCUGCAAGUGCCUUUCCUACUCAGUGGCGAGGUUCAGGAGCGAGAGGAGAGGAUGCUGUCCUAUUUCCGCAACAAGAUCAGCGCCCUCAGCGCUGAGAGAGACGAACUUAUCAGUAAUGCUGAACAUUAUGUCAAAGAAUGCGAAAUGUUGAGGCUCCGAUUCGAAGAAUUACAGCAGGAAAAAGAAACGGACGCAAAUACGAUACAAGACAAACACGAUACUAUAGCAAGGCUGGAGGAGGAGCUGCACUCGACGUCGCACAACUACGAGCAGCAGAUGAGCGUGCUGACGGAGCACGUGGCGGCGCUCAACGACCGGCUCGCGGCGCAGCACGACCAGCUGCUGCAGCUGCGCCACCAGCUCGCCACGAGGAAGAAGUAGCACCCUGUAUACACCUUUGGCACGCGCAGUGAACACUCUGUAUGAAUCCUGGACACAAGCAGUGUACACCCUAUAUACACCUGUUUGCAGGCUGGAUAUAAGCUGUACACAUACUUUCAAUGUGAUGGCAGUUCAUCACCAGGAAGAAGUAGCACUCUAUAUAUUAUAUGCCCUAUACUCUGUACAGGAACAACCUGUACACAUUUUGAACCUCCAACUUAUUUUUAUUACUUUUUGUAUCUGGUACUGGUGGUGUAUUCUCGAUGUUAUUUUCGAUGUAUUGAGCAGGUGCAUUUCUUCGUCUGUUUAUAUGUUUUAUUUGCAAAUGAGCAGAAAGUGCGCCUUGAGUGCCUAGUAAAUUGAAGUUUUAAGAAUGCUUAGUUAUAUAUUGUAAAGGAUACAGGCAGAUCAUUUAUUCCAUAUAAUAUGAGUUGCCGUCAUUGGUAUGUUUGUCUUCAAAAUAAACUACAAAAGUAAACACUCGUCACUUUUUCUCUAAAUUUGAGCGUCUGUAAAAAUAAUGUUAUGACAUAGAUCUGUUAAUAUAGAAUGGAUUGGUGGUAGGCGAUACAGGGCUUUGAGAGCUCUCGAAAUUAAAGAAAAAUUUUAGAUCUCUGUGCUAAGAUACUAUUUAAGGGCCUUUAUGUUAUCUUAUUCUUAUCCUGUAUGUAAAUUGAUGCUGUAUCUAUUCGAAAUUGCAAUAUGGGUGCGUUUUGAAUAUGUGAACGAUUUUGAUAUUACUCCAUCAAGAGAAAUCUUUUCAUAUAAUCUCAGCAUUGCAUAGACAACUUUUAACUUAAUCAUUCCUGUGCUACUUAUCUCUUCAGGCCUAAAUAUUUUAGUGCUAUUCGGCUAGUGAUUAUAUUCAUUUAUCACCCUAUUAAUUGUGAUGGAUAUACUUUAAUUUAAUUAAAAUAUUAAUUUAGUCAACUUGAUUUAUUAAAUAUAAGCUUAAAUAUUUAUUGUUUUAAACGAAUUCUAUCAACUGCUGCAUGACGAUUAUGAGCGUUAUUUUAGAGUUAUUUGAUAUAAUUUUAGGAUAUUGCAAAAACAAAAAAAAAAAAUAGACAGUCAUCAAUCAAGAAAGUUUUCUUUCGAAUAGUCGCGGAAUUAUAAAAACUGAAAAUUUUGUGUUGGCUUAAAUUUUACGAGUCGCAGUAAUUAAUUAUUAAACAAUAAAAUGUUCGCAGUACUCGAUUUUUGCUUCCAAUCUUUGUUUGGUACAUAAUAUAUUUUUAUAUUCAUAUUUAUUUGAAUUGAUCUAUUAUAUCAUGAUCUGUAUAAAAUCCAGUUAUUUUUUUAUUUUUUAUUUCAAUUCACCUCACUUAAAGUGUAAUCGAUUUAACGUAUUUGUUUAACUCUUUCUAUAAUUUGUAUCCAAAUGUAAAAAUGUACAUAUAUAUAAUAAUAUUUGUAUAAAAGAAUUAUUGCAAUUCGUACUGCUACAGAAAUAUUUACAUGUAAAAUAUAAUAUGUAAGUAAAUCUGUGUUCUGUUCUACACUGUAUUUAUAAAUAUAAAAUAAAGAGAUUACAUAAA